UUUCCAUUUGCACAGUCGCUGUGGCAGCUCUCAAUUGCACUCUCUCUCUCUCUCUCUCUCUCUAGAGUAGAUCUGAUCUGUCUCUCUCUCUCUCUCCCCCCAAGCUUCUUCUGCGGCUGCUGUUGCUGCUGAGAAAUCUCAGCUUCCCCCCCACAUGGCUCCAAUCUCCAGCUUCCUUCUCCCAUCACGGCAGCCACAGCCGCCUUCGCUCACUGCACCCACUCACCCCCUCUACUGACUGGGCCACCGUCGCGCCGUUCCACUUCCGCUGCUGUCAGUUCGCGGUGAUGCUGCCGCGUCGCAGAAAUUAACUGGUCUUCUGGUGGGGAAAUGUGUCAGAGCUGCUGAGCUCCGGAUUUUGCGGAGGAAGAUAAAAGAGUGGAGAGUGAGUGGCCGAGGAGGAAGGAGGAGGAGGAGAAUGAUGUCGAAUGGAAUAAACCUGGUGAUGACGGUGAUAGGGUUCGCGGUGAGCACGAUGUUCAUCGUGUUCGUCUGCACGCGCCUCAUCUGCGCGAGGAUUCAGCUCUCUGCCUCCCGCCGCUCUUUCCCUCUCGCCUCCCGAUCUGAUCUUAGCAUUCUAGAACGGGGUUUACAUGGUCUAGAGCCUGUAGUAGUAUCCAACUUCCCAACAAAAAAGUACAGUGACGAGUUCUUCUCUACCAUUGAUGAUACUCAAUGCACAGUUUGCCUCGCGGAAUACCACCAUGAAGACAUGCUGCGGAUCCUUCCCAAUUGCGGGCACUCCUUCCAUGCAAACUGCAUAGACAUAUGGCUCCAGCAGCACUCAACUUGUCCCGUCUGCAGGAUCUCACUACGUGAAUUCUCAGAAAAGAGGCGAAUUAUGCAGCCCUUAUUCAGUUCGGCUCUCCGAUCUCACCGUGGGCCUGGGCCCUUCCUUGUGCACUCCCCAAAUUGUGUCUAUGCUGGUCAGAGCUUCCAGUCACGAACGGUUGGCUGGCAUCAUGCAUGCCCCAUCCAAGAAGAUAACCAUGGUCCUGAUAGCAUCGCUACAGAAGCUCGGGAGAGCAUUCCCACUGCGAAUGAUGAUCAAAGUCAGCUCUCAGGAAACAAAGUGGACCGGCAUUUGGAGAGCCCAUCAAAUGGACAGGUAUCUUGAAAUUGAAGAAAGCAGGUUUUUUCUCGAGCUUGUCAUUGUAUAGAGCUUGACAUGGUUGGUUCGGUCUAAAUUACAUUUGUAUUUGGUGUCAGUAUUCAUUUGCGUCUUUUCCUCUUGCAGUUCCCUACUGUAAAUAGUUCUUAUGUGGGCAGUUUUGCUAGUUCAUCAGUUGUAGUAGACCUUACGAUCCUUAGCUUGAAAAGAUUGCUGAAGCAGUUAGUUGAUCUCUCUCUCUCUCCCUUUCUGUGAAAAUCUCUCCCUGGCUCCAACGAUGGGAAAGAAACAGAUAAUGGCGUGCCUAUACUGUCGAUCACAGUAAAAGAUUCCGAUAGGGACUCGAUCACAGUAAAAGAUUCCGAUAGGGUUCUGUAGCAGAAAUUGAUCGGGGAAUCCUCUAUUGGUUUCGGAUCAGUGCGUGGGCCUCGCAGCAUCCUUUCUCACUGACAAAAGGAGCCCGGCUUUUUCUCUCUUUUCCUGUUUGUGUUUUGGGCAACUUUGCUGUUCUUUGAAAUAGCUUUGGGGAUGCUUCUGUUCUGUUGCUCUUCGUAAUUACGCUUCCGUUUUAUUUCCUUUA